UUCUCUACUUACAAAAAAUGGUGAGGAGUCCAUGCUGUGAGAGCAUAGGAUUGAAGAAAGGGCCAUGGACACCAGAAGAAGAUCAAACUCUUGUUUCCUAUAUUCAGCAAUUUGGUCAUUCAAAUUGGCGCGCUCUUCCUAAGCAAGCUGGUUUAUUGAGAUGUGGAAAGAGUUGCAGACUUCGAUGGACAAACUACUUGAGACCAGAUAUCAAGCGAGGAAACUUCAGCCUAGAAGAAGAAGAAAUCAUCAUCAAAAUGCAUCAAAUUGUUGGAAAUAGGCAAACAACUCAUUUGCCUUUUUGCUCAAAGUUUUACUCGUGGUCUACUAUUGCAACUAGAUUACCUGGUCGUACAGAUAAUGAAAUAAAAAACUUUUGGAACAUCAAUCUGAAGAAGAAGGUUAAACAAGUUCAACAGGCCUCUUCAAGUUCAAGUGAAAGUUCAAUUCGAUUAUCAAAUAUAGGUCUCGAAAUAACUUAUCGAUCAAUGAAUUCCCAAGAUUCAGUGGGAAAAAUGUCUGAUAACUUGGGUGUAUCAAUGGAGUCAUCAACCAUGAAGUAUAGUUCAUCAUGUCCAAAUUCCCUAGCAGAACACCUAAAUUCUGAUGCUUUUGAUGAUGUAUUGUUGUUUUGGUAUGAUCUUUAUCAAAAAGCUGAAGAGUCAAUUGUACAAGGAGAAAAGUGA